UUGCCUUUACAUCAUGUAUUUUCCUCACCCAGGAUGAGUUGUUUUAUCUUUUAAAGUAGCUUAAAUGACUAUGAAUCACGAAACAUCGGAUCUGGAUAUUGACCGUAGUUGCCAGGAAUUUGAGACUUAUUAUCAUACCACUUUAACAAGCCUGCCGGGUCGUUUCGAAGGAUUUGCCAUUCGUUACAAGCAAGAAAUCUUCAAACACACCGAAUUUUGUUUAGAUCACCCACCAUGUACUACAAAGGAAUUCCUUUCACUUCUUUCCUGUUUCCGUUCCCUGUAUUAUAGUUCAGUGUCGUGUUGAAGAUACAUCUCUGUCAUAUACGGUAGUUCUUACUCUAUAAACCGUGGUAUAAGGGAACUCGUAUGAUUUUGUUAUGUUUUAGUAGGGAUAUUAUAACGCAGUAGAAACAAAAAAUGUAAUUAUAUUUAAAAGUGACGUAACAUGCAUACAUCAUGCCUAAGAUUUUAAGAAGCAUUUCAAUGACCCAAAUAUUUAUACCUCGUUAUCGUUUAGUGGACGAACCACCACAGAAACCCCAUUAUGUUUAUGUUGUAGAAGUGUUGGAAGGAGGUGAACAUCUUCGAGUUGAAAGGCGUUACAGCGCAUUCCACUGUCUCCACAGAGAGUUGAGAAAAUGCUAUAGUACCCCAUUGUUUCCACCAAAAAGGGUACGUAGCUGUCAACCAAAGGUUCUGGAAAGAAGAAGACAGACUCUGGAACAGUAUUUACAGGCAAUGUUCAGGUUUGGACCAAGUAGAGCAGAAGUACUGGCAUUUCUUGGGGUAAAGAAAUUGAAAGACAGUCUUGAAUGCAUGGAUUUUGCUGCUGAAGAUAAAUCUAUGGACCAUCAGCCAAUAUAUAAUUAUAAGAAGGAUCCAUACAUGCAAGUAGAAGAGAACAGUAAUUUACCUGAUGUCGUAACUCAAGGCGUGUUACUGGGAUUGUAUGGAAACUCUCAAUGACUUCAGAUCAGAAACUGUUUUUAUCGCUGAAA